UGACAUUAUACAGGAAUCCAUCAAAACUACGGAAAUAUUUUGGAAUAAAAAUACGGAAGCCGAGGAAAAAUAUGUCACGCUCGUUCCCGGCUCCCUUGGUAUUUAACGGGAUCAACUUGGAUAAUUACUUCCCUAAUCAGCGUUCUUAUAACUCCGUAGUUUAUGUUCACAAAAGAUUCUUAACUAAUCCACAAGACUUAAAAAAAGACACCAAAAAAGGCUUUAAACAAAACGUGACCAAAUCGAAGCAAACGAAAACGGAUAAAAUUGAUAAAGGAAUUCAAUUUGACGGUGUAAUAAAUGAACCAAUUAUGAAAAAAUCACUAUGUACCAAUACAAAAACAGAUACUGAUAUGAUAAACCAUACCGUACAAUUUGCAAAAAAAAUAUUUCCUCUUAUCAUUCCAUAUGAUAAUUAUGAUGAUCCAUAUGUUUUUACCGUAAAGACUAAGAAAACAAAAAAGAAACCCAAAGAAUACGCUGCUAAAAACUUGCCAGAUGAAAAAAAUAAAACAAAGAAAAACAAUUCACCUCGCAGAACUAAAUUUAUUAAUAAUACGGAAAUUUUUAGUGCAAAGGAAUCCGUGAGUCAUUUAUCUCAGAAUACUUUAGAUGAUUUUAAUUUAAACGAAUCAUUGUCCUGUACCAUAUCAGGCAUUUCAGAGAAAAAAUAUGUCAAAAAAGAUAAAGAUUAUUGCAACCUAAAGAAAAAUGACAAGAAAAUGGCUGUGUCAAAUUCUUUAGAAGCUUUAGCCACAGAAAUGUUGGACGUAAAUGAAGGAGCUAAUAUUAAAAUACAUCUUAUGAACGAAGCCGACAAGAAUAUUUUUAGUGAAAGUUUACAAAUUCCUAUAAUUAAUGCAAUCAAAGAGUGCAUCACAGAAUUAAAUCAGUACGAUAGAAUAGGUUCACAAUUUAAAGAGGUGCAGAGAUUUAUCGAGUGCAACAAUGAAAAGUUAAACGUCAUUACUGACAAAAUAUCAAGCAUAGAGAGACAGAUAGGAAAUCAAAUGAAAAAACGAAUUGAAGUUAUAAAGUCACCAAUCAUGCAAGCAUCGAAGUCAUCAAAAUUGGAGCAGUUAGGUGAAGAUCUUGAAGAACUGAGUGAUAACAUAUAUGAAAAUGAAUCUACAGAUGCUGUGAAAGAAAAGAAAAUGUAUGAAAGCAAAAGCGUAAUUGCAACUUUAGACAAAAUUAAAACUAAAGAUGAAAAAAGGAAAUUUUAUGGUGGUGGGGAGACUUCGAGCCCGCUAAGUACCGUCAAUGAAGUAGCCAUAAAACCUGACCUGAACCAUGACAGACCGAACAGAAUCCCGACGAGAUUCUGCUGGACUGAUGCCGGAAGGUCAUGAAGUAUUGGUUAAAUUGUUUUUAUAAGUGUUGUUGUUUCAUUUAGAUUAAUUGUUCUUGUAGCUCUUGUUUCAUUAUAAAGUUUGUUGUAAUUUAGAAAAUAAAGUUUGAUUUCAUAUA